UAGGCUUAAAAUGUAUCGUAAUGUUGGACAAGGUUGGCUAGGAUCACGGGAAACUUUCAAUGGACUCAGCCAACCUACAUUCAACCAACUUCGCGACAUUGAGCGGACCGAUUCCGAAGAAAUUAAUAGUCCAAGACGCUUUAUCGGAAUUCUGCGGAGAUUUAAAUUGCCAUGGACUGGCCUGUUUCUAUUUGUGGUUAUAUUUGGUUCGGCUCUGUCCGUAAUCCUGACUGUGGCUCUCACAUCAAAACAGCCAAAGAAAGGCAACGAUGAAAUCAGAGUGAUGCAUUUCUCUAUGUACAUGGGAGAUAUGGAUGAUGGAGAAGUGAAGGCACCACUAUCACCACGCUUGCAUUUGCUUUCAAGAGCUAAUGGCGACGAAAAAUGUAGCCUCAAAAAGAAUAACGAGAACACGGAAAAAGCAAUAAGCGAGAUUGCCAAGAGCAAGCCAGCACAGCAAUACAACUUUAUACUCUAUGGUGACAAUGUGGAAGAAAUUGGACCUUUGAAAGCUCUCGAAGCACGAAAUACUGUGAAGUCCUUGAGGCCAAAGCCUCAAAAUAAAGAAGGCUUCAACCAAGCUGGCGCCGUCACGAGAUUCCUCAAUAAGACUAAGGAUAGAAAGAAGGACAUAUUGGUGCAUUAUGUUCCAUGCAACUUCACGUACAACGCGGAUGAUCCCGAAAUGGAAGUACUCGCUAAAAUGAUAACGAGCGAGACAGGCCUGAGCAAGAAGUUUAGCCUUGUCUCAAAUACUAAGAAUUCAACGGAUAUAAGAGAUGCCUUCGUAGAUGCCUUCAAAGCCUUUAACAUAAGUGGUGAAGAGGUGUUGAAAAAAAUGGAAGAUGUGUUUAUUGGUUCUGACAAGGACAUUGCUGAGGAAAUCAAAGAAAAGGGGGAAAAGGAAGAUACUACUACGUCAGCACCAACCACCACACAAAGAACUAGAAAAACAGUCGCAACAACAAUAGCCGAUACAACCGUGUCGACGGAAAGCGCCGAAACAGAUGAUGUAAACCACACUGCAACCAUGCAAUCGUUGUUGAUUCAUGUUGAAUGCAUGCCAGUAUUUGUGCUUCGCUUGCCUCCUGAGCGAUGCAGGAACCACAUUGCUGAACAUUCACCAUUACUUGCACUCACCAGGAUGGAUUCUGCGCAAAAUCUCUAA